AUGUUAGUGGACGUCACCGUUCUCAUCGAGGAGUUGGUGGCGGGCGGUGACGACCGGGUCGACCGCCAACUCGUAUCGCCAAAGUGGCUUUUUCUGAGCUCAGAACAGAUUCGACACGCAACUCUGACAUUGGACGAUUUUCGUAGCGGAAAGCUCGAUCGCGGUCAAUACAGUGAUGCAGAAUUGUGGAAAUUUCGACAGGUGUACGAAGCAGCGGUGCACCCUCAGACUGGCGAAACUGUACCAGCCUUCUUUCGACUGUCAGCUUUUGUGCCAGUGAAUAUUCCUAUCUGCGUUGGAAUGCUGCUUGCAACUCCCACGUUAGGAAACACGAUCUUCUGGCAGUGGGUGAAUCAAAGCUACAGUGCAGGAUUUAAUUAUGCUAAUCGCAAUGCCAGCAGUGAUCAAGACAAUUUAGCCAUACUCAAAUCGUAUGCUACCGCUACUUUUGUUUCGUGUUCGACUGCUGUUGGAUUGGGCAAAAUGGUUGACAAGGCCAAGGGACUUUCCCCCAAUGGUGCCAUUUUUCACGAGGGUAUUGAUAUCAUGGAUGAGUACGGCGAGGUACAUGGCCGAUCUGUUGCUGCCGGACGCCAGUCACUAGGACAAGUGGCACUUACGCGCGUUGCGCUUCCUAUGCCAAUCUUGCUGCUUCCACCAUACUUGUACGAAGCCAUGAACAGAAGAAAUAUCAUGCCCAAAGCGAAGUUUCCAAAGCUCGCUACGGAACUCGUCAUCUUAACGCUCUGUUUAUGGGGUGCUAUGCCAAGCGCUGUUGCACUUUUCCCCCAAAUGGGGACGAUUUCGGCCGACAAUGUCGAAGAGGAAUUUCAUUCUCGAGUGGAUUGCCAUGGUCAGCCCAUUCGCCACUUUCUCUACAACAAAGGGAUUUGA